AUGAAUGAGGGGCCCCCAGAUGCGGAGAAGGCCUCAAGGCAGACGGCCUUAAGUAAGGCGCUCCCUCAGCUGCAGAGUGGUGGGCUGUCUCCUUGCAUGCGGCUGCUGCAGCGGGUACUCAACGUAAAAGGAGACACCCACAGUAAAGAAUUUCCAGAACAGCAGCAGCAGCAGCAGCAACAGCAGCAGCAGCAGCAACAGCAGCAGCAACAGCAGCAGCAGCAGCUGUAUUCUGAAAGCAGCACCAGCCCCCCAGGCCCCAAACCAGAUCCUUCGCGUGGAGGAGAGGACAGCAGCAGCAACAGCAGCAGCAACAGCAGGUGGCUGCCAGUGAGGGAGGGAAGCAAAAGAGCUGCUGCUGUCUCGUCAAUCGUCUCCCCUUGGUCCCUGCCGAACCCUCAAGAGGCACAGCAGCCAUCUGCUGCUGCUGCUGCUGCUGCUGCUGAGCGGCUGCUGCUGGAGACAGAAAGCCACGGGCGGCUGCUGUCCUCUUUGCUCCCAGCAGCAGCCUUUCCUGGGGUAGAAGCAAAUAGAAGAACAGGCACAGCAGCAGCAGCAGCUGCUGCUGCAGCAGCAGCAGCAGCAGAGGAAGCUGUCGCUUCUUUAGGGAACGGGGGCCUCACCUUGUGGGGCUUAGAAAGAAGACUCGAAAGCAGCAGCAGCAACAAGAGCAGCAACAGCAGCAACAGCAGCUACGGCAGCCCCAGAGAAGACUGCAGCGGCCAAAUGGCAGAGGCUUACUACUUCCUCUCAGAUGACGUACAACAGCAGCAGCAGCAGCAAGAGCAGCAGCAGCAGCAGCAAGAGCAGCAAGAGCAGCAGCAGCAGCACGAGCGGCAACAAGGAUACCGGUUAGAGCGGGAACUACAGAGCAGCAGCACUCAGGAGUUUGGCGCUGUUGCCAGCCACAGGAGUAGCAGUAGCAGCAGCAGCAGCAGCAGCAGCAGCAGCAACGCCAGCGCCCUCAGCAGCAGCAGCAGUACCAACAACAGCAGCAGCAGUCGCCAGUGGGGCUUUCUGUGGCUGAGGCGGCUGCUGCGCUCUUCUGCUGCUCUGCUGCCCCCCGGUUUGUAUGGAGGGGGCCCCUCCUUGGGGUCUCCAGCGGUGCUGCACGAAGCAGCUACGCCUUCAAUAGCAGCAGCAGCAACGGCCGCUGCAGCAGCAGCAGCAGCAACUGCAGCAGCAGCAGCUGCAACAGCAGCAGCAGCAGGAAAAAAGACAGAGACGACAUCAACUGAGCCAGCAGCAGCACACUCGGAAGGCUGCAAUGAGGGGGCGGAGGGGCCCCCCACUGUCUCUGAGCCCAACUCCCAGCCACAGGAGACAACUGCUGCUGAAACUGCUGCUGCUGCUGCUGCUGCUGCUACUGUUGCUUCUUUAGAGCUAGCAGCAGAAGAGGGGUCCUCAAAUGCAGCAGCAGCAGCUGCUGCUGCUGCAGCCGCUGCUGCAGCAGGAGCUGCCGAGGCCUCCGACGACGAAUUCCAAGACAGCUGCUGCGUAGGCUUUCCUUUUCUGCAAGCCCCUUACAGCAACAACAGCAGCAGCAGCAGCAGUCUGUGCCGCUGCUGUUGCCGCAGCAGCAGCAGCUGCUGCUGCUGCUUCUCUGCAGAGGAAGCGGAGUGGAGUGACCAGUGGAGUCGAGCAGCCAAAUGGGCUCGGGAGGGAGGUGCUGCUGCACUAGAGAGAGAUUUGCUGCUGCUUGCUGCUGAACUUCUUAAGGUUGCUGCUGCUGUUGCUGGGGCUGCUGCGGCGCAACACCGACGCGCGCUGCUAGCCUUCCUCAGAAGCCAGCAACAAACGGAGCGCAGCGGGAAGCAGCAGCAGCAGCGGCAGCAGCAGCAGCAGCAGCAGCAGCAGCAGCAGCAGCGCAUGCGUCACCUGAAAGCACGUUCUCUUGCAGCUGCAGCAGCAAAACUCGCCCUUGAGGCGCUCGCCCGCACUGAGAAAUCCCGUUGGUUGGCAACAGACCUACUGGAGGAGCUCGCAUGCCGCAUUGUCUUCCGGUCUGGUUUGCUUCUGGCCCGAUGGUGCCUCGAACUCUGCAAGGCCAAGGAGACAGAGAUGAAGGCAAUAUCUGCUGUCUUCCCUCCUCCGCUGCUGCUACCACCGCUACCACCGCAGCAAGCGGACCGCGAGUCGUUGCUGCUGCUGUACACGCAGCAGCAGAAGGAGAGGCAGCAGGAGCAGGAGCAGCAGCAGCAGCAGCAGCAGCAGCAGCAGCAAGCUGCAAGAGGACAGGAUCUGCUUCAGUCAAGAGAAUUUCAGGGGGCCCCUGGGGCCCCUUGGAAGCUGCAGGUAAUGCACAAAGAUCCAUAUAAUGAUCUGCUGCUGCAACAGGCUGCACGAGGAAGCAGCAGCAGCUGCUGCUGCCAAUACUGCGCUGCUGCUGACGGCGUCCUCCCCGGAGGAUUUGAGCCCCUAGCGGGAGCUUCCCCUGCCGGCUGCAGCAGCAGCAGCAGCAGCAGCAGCAGCUGGCAGGAGAGGGGUUCUUUUAAUAAGCCACCGCCCACUGAGGUCCUUGUAGGCAGCUUCGUUAUUGACAGGGCGGAGGCGCUGCUGUCGUUGGUUGCGCAGCAGCUUUCUGCUGCUGCUGCUGCUGCUGCUGAAGGGAACAUGGCAGACGAAGAUGCGUGCAGCAGCAGCAGCAGCAGCAGCAUCAGACAAUUGACACAGGGAGACUCACAGGAUGUGCGGGGGGUCCAGGGACCAGUAGUUAAUGCUGAAGCAGCACCCCAUACCUCAGCAGCAGCAGCAGCAGCAGCUGCAGCAGCAGCAGCAGCAGCAGCUGCAGCAGCAGCAACAGUAGGGGAUGCUGCAGCAGAGGCAACACCCAAUGCACCGUGCUGUCUGAGGAAGGAGGCCUUGGCGGUCACAGACACGGGAGAAAGUGUAGCUGCCGCAGCAGCACCUGCAGCAGCAGCAGCAGCAGCAGAGCCGGGGGAAGGCCCUCCAUCAGCAGCAGCAGAGAAGACAGGAACAGCAGGAGUAGCAGCAGCAGAGGCUGCAGCACAAACAGCAGCAGCAGCGGAGGAGACAGGCGAAGCAGCAUCCGCAGCAGCAGAUGAAGCAGCACAAACAGCAGCAGCAGCAACAGGAGCAGCAGCAAGCCCUGAGGCAGAAUCUGUAUGGACAGCAGCAGAGGAAGCAGCAGCUGCAGCAGGUUUGUGCCGAGGCCUUCAUAUGCGCCUUGAAGCAUCGCGUUUGCUGCUGGAGUUUGUUGAAGAAACUCCGGUGUACAGACACCUCUCACUCAAAGUAACUGAGCUAAAGAGAUGGCAGCAGGAACUGCUGCUGGCUUGGAGACAAGUGAGGGGGAAGCAGCAGCUGCAGUAG